UGCACAGAUGCCAUGACGUGUGUGAAGGAGGAGAUCUUUGGGCCUGUAAUGUCAGUGAUGCCCUUUGACACCGAAGAGGAAGUGCUGAAGAGGGCCAACACUACAUUCGGCCUGGUUUCUGGAGUCUUCACCAAGGAUAUAUCCCAGGCCCACCGGAUGGCUGAGAACCUGCAGGCUGGAACCUGCUUCAUCAACAACUACAACAUCAGCCCUGUGGAAGUACCCUUCGGAGGGUUCAAGCAGUGUUGUGGGAAGUGCUGUUUUGGCAGGGAGAACGGCCAGGUGACCAUCGAGUACUACUCCCAGCUGAAGACUGUGGUUGUGGAGAUGGGAGACGUGGACGAUUACUUUAAUUGUUAA